GUUAGUGAUCGAUAGUUGAAUACCACUGAUGAACUGUGGAGAGAAGCUAUUACAGCCAACAAAAUGGACAUAACAGCACUUUAGCUCUUUUUUUAUUUCUAACUUGGCUUUGUCUUCAGACUAAUGCAAUCGAGUCAACACAGGAAGAUGUCUUGAGAAACACAGAAAACAAGAAUGACAACUUUUUUUCUUCUGGACUUUUUUCUUCAGCUAACUCAAUUUUUCGGAUAUUCACGAUAAGAAUGGUUUUCUUUCAUCUGCUUCUUAUCACUGUUUCAAACAAAGAACUGUAUUAAUGCUCAAACAGCUACAGCCUCAAGUUCUUUUGAGGAAUUCCUUAAAUGAAAGCUUCAGAAUGAUGAUUUACAUCAUAUGAUCAGCGUCGUCUUUGCUUUUCGGUAAAGUUUAUCGGGUGCUCACAGACGUUCUCCUUCUGUAGGAAAUUUGCUCUUGAGAUGCAUUGAUGGAACUUGGAAGACAGCCAGACAGAACAAGGGUCGGAUAAAAGAAAGCAGGGCAGCAAAACGGAGACAACAUUUUACUUUACCCUAUGGGAGCAAACAAAAAUCUCCGGCCCAUUUCCUCUUCUUUAAACCAUCAGUAUCUUCAUCUGUUUAAAAUCAUAUUCGUAACUUUAAAAUGACUUGAGAGUAAUGUAACUUUGUUGUGAAUCACAGUAAAGUACAUGUGUUGCAAUGAUGAAGCUUUUCAACGUGACUCGAGAGACUUCCGUGGAAAAUAUGAGAGAGAACUACAGAGCGACACCAGCGAGUCUAAUGCUUACAACCCCGGCCAUGACUGAAAAUGUUUUUUUGUCCAUGGGCUAUAUUCUUAGCGUGGGAUCUGUUUUGAUCAUCUCCACCAACCUUCUAGUAGCCAUUGCUCUGGGCCUGCUCAUCCACAAGAAGAGCUGCCAGAGCUGGUGCUUUGUCCUAUAUCUAGCCAUUGCUGACAUCCUUGUGGGCUUGGCUAUCACUGGCCUUGCCGCUGAUGCUCUUGAAGGCCGCACGGCCUCCAUGCAUAAAGGCAAGUGUUUGUUACGCAUGUGCUUCAUCAUUGCACCUUCCACUGCCUCGAUCCUCACCUUGUUCUGUAUCUCGCUGGACCGCUAUGUGGCCAUAAAGAUGCCACUGCGAUAUUCGCAGCUAAUGAGCAAGAAGAUGGUCGUCGGGGCUUUGGUGCCCCUGUGGAUGAUCUCGGUCACUGUGGGAUUCUUGCCUUACAUUGUGAAACCAAUGCAACGAAAAGACUAUGACAGUGUUUGCACGUUCUUCUCAGUCAUCGAGCCCCAGGGCAUCAGUGUGAUCUUCUGCUUGUUUUUCUUCCCUCUACUCUGUGUUUUCAUUUAUUUCUACAUGGACAUCUUGAAAAUCGCCUGCGGGCAUCAGCAGCGCAUCUGCAGCAGGCAGGCGGGUUUGAGGUUUCUGCCGCCCAGCCGUUACUGGGGUCACGUAAAAGCCCUGCGGACUGUUGCCUUGCUGGUUGGCUGCUUCACACUCUGCUGGUGCCCUUUCUUUGUGGUCAGUGUUGUGCAGGUUUCAUGUCCUAAAUGUACACUUUAUCACUUUUUGGAGAACCAGCUCUGGCUGCUGGGACUCUCAAACUCCCUUAUCAAUCCGCUCGUCUAUGCCUGCUGGCAGCGGGAGGUGAGGAAUCAGAUUUGUGGGAUCUUCACUAAAGUCAGAAUGUGUUGCACGACACGCUCGGAAAUGGCAGAGAGAUGCCACAUAGUCCAUAUAACCACCAGUCAGACACAAUUUCAUGGCAAGACGCUGCCCAUCGAGUUAAAAUACACAAUUCCUUAAACAUCCGGAAAAACAUUCCCAAUAGGGUAGAGCUCAUUGGAAACUGUAUGAGGUCUUUUAUGUCCCUUAAUGGAUUUGGAGCCCUGAGUAUCUUCACAUGAAAUAGAGCAGAUGGCUCUGUUUGUUCUUCUUUCUCCCUGCACUCAACACAUUCAAAAUAACCAAAGCACUUAGCCUAGUUCUUGACCUAUUUGGAUAUGUUUUUUUUCACUAUCAGUCGUAAAAUACAAACUGCAUUAGAUAAAACUCAUAUAUACGUCAAUGUGCAUUAUCCAAUAUGUGCUUAAAGAUUUUAUCUGUAUAUCAACAGUAAGUCAUAGGUCUCAUAUAAUAAUAACAACAUGCAACUCUUUUCAACAUGGUGGAACUUUUAUGUAUGAAAAGUAAUUGUUUUUUAAAUAUUUUAUUAUUAAUAUUGUUUAGUAUUGUAGAUUGUUUUGUGUGAUUAUGCGCAUUACAGGUUUCGGCGGCAACAAUAUAAACAAUCGUUAUGUGGCCCAAACUUAACUUCCGGUACACAUCUGCAAAGAAUCAAUAACUGUUGAGUAUUUUUUUUAAUAUAAUAAAUUAUUAUUAUUAUUAUUAAGUUAAUAUUACUAUAAAUUAAAAAAAAGAACAUCAUACCACAGCCAAACACCAUAACCAAACACAGACCGGAAAUUAACUACGGGCCAGGCGCCUGCUCCCGUCUUUCCGACAGAAAGCGUAGACGUGUCUGCCAUCUUGGAAUGGUCCUCUGACGUCACUCAAUGUUGACUAGAAUGCGCUAACACUAAACUUCACAACCAUGGUUAUUAAACGAGAGGGAUUUCAAUUCCCGAGAAAUGGGAUAGCCUAACCUUAAGUUGCUGUCAAGUCUCAAGGUUACCGCUAAGGUUUUCUAUACAAAAACUACAAAUCCCACAAUCGCCUUGUUCAAACCGGAAGAGUACCAGCGGAAACAAGUCGGUCGG